AGUCUGACUCUGUCAGACUGACUACAGUUCUCUCACUCCUCGGCAAGGCAUUCUCUGCGUAUCAGUAAACACUAUACCAAUUUCGACCAACAGAAUGGCUGGAAAGAAACGUAAAAUGCUUACUACCGACGACUUGAUGCGGAUGCAAGAGCAGCCUAGCUCGAAACGACCACGAGAGGACCACGAGGAUGAAAGCCUCGACUCGGAUGACGAUUCUGCAUCGACUUCGUCCUCUGUACCCACAAUACAGAGAAACAGGAAUAGACAAGCAAUUUCAGAGGAGGAUCCUGAGGAUUUCGGACAGGAAUCUAGUGAUAGCGAAGACGAGUCUCAACCACUGACCAUCCCCAGUCUAGCAGACUCAUUAGACCGAUUCUCUUCAUCCCGACUAUCUAUUCAACCUAGAAAAGCACUUCCCACCCCUACACCUUCUAUUCUUUCAAAGCCCGUGCCAACUUCUUUUGCUUCCCUCGGAAUUUCGCCUGCAUUGUUGAAUGCACUUUCCAAGAUGUCUAUCAAAACGCCGACGGAGAUUCAGUCUGUUUGUAUACCCCCAAUCCUGCAAGGCGAAGACUGCAUAGGGAACGCCAAAACGGGUUCAGGAAAGACGAUUGCUUUCGCACUUCCCAUAUUGCAAAAACUUUCCGUUGACCCAUAUGGUAUCUUUGCUCUUAUUCUCACUCCAACCAGGGAGCUUGCAUUCCAAAUCUCAGAGCAAUUUGCCGUCCUGGGAUCUUCAUUGAACUUGCGUACAGCAGUCAUAGUGGGAGGAAUGGAUAUGAUGGCGCAAGCUCUCGAACUGGGCAAUCGGCCACAUAUUGUCGUCGCUACGCCAGGUCGGAUAGUCGACCACAUUCGGAGUAGUGGUAGUGAAUGGGACCUUUCUCGCGUUAAGUUCUUGGUUCUUGAUGAAGCUGAUCGACUGCUCACAUCUACUUUCGCCCCUGAACUAUCGUACCUUUUCGAAGUCCUUCCCACGGAACGCCAGACAUGCCUGUUUACUGCGACUCUAACGGAAUCUAUUGAGACAAUUGCCGCGGCACCUCCUAGACCCGGCAAACAGAAACCAUUCAUACACAGGAUGACUGCAGGUGUUGAGACCGUCGAAACGCUCAAGCAACAUUACAUUCUCGUACCAUCGCAUGUCCGCGAAUCGUACCUUUACCACCUACUCUGCAAUCCUCCAGAGUCCACUAUCCAUCUUCGACGUGCUCCCCCAGAACCGGUCCGAGGAAGGAGGAAAGGCAAACCCGGUUCAAGACCCAAAAGGCCUUCAAAGAAGACGGCAAUGGAUGAGGAAGAGAUCGAGCAACCACCUCCAACAAUCAUUUUCUGCAUUAAACCACGUACCGCAGCCUACCUCACCAACCUCCUAAAAACCCUCCACAUCCGAAGUACAGCACUACAUUCUCGACUCACUCAACGAGAACGACUAUCAUCAUUAGGACUAUUCCGGUCAUCAGUCGUGCCAGUAUUAGUGUCAACAGACGUAGGAGCUCGUGGAUUGGAUAUCGAAGAAGUAGCCAUGAUUAUCAACUGGGAGUUGCCCAGUGAACCUGAAGAGUACACACAUCGAGUCGGACGUACUGCGCGUGCGGGGAAGGGUGGUGUGGCAAUCAGUUUUGUGACGGAGCGAGAUGAAGAGAAAGUAUUAAAGGUCGAGGAACGAAUCAAAACGAAGCUGACCGAGAUGACAUUGUCAGAGUCUAAAGUGCUGGAGAAACUCAAUGCGGUAUCGACAGCGAAGCGGUUGGCCAAUAUGGUGAGUCCUCGGAAGGCCCUUUGGAGUCUUGACUUUGCUUUAUUUGGAGCCGACGAUCUCACGUUCUUUCGGGUGUCAGGAACUGCACGACUCCGACUUUGGCAAGCGGGAAGAGAUUCAUCGAAUCAAGAGUGCAAAGCGGAAAGCGGAUAUCUCAUAGCACCUAUCCUCAGGCUGUUCAUGUUCCAUUCUCGUGCCACAAUCGGUUCAUUCUUCCGGCAUAUUAGGCAUUCUCAUGCAAAUGUGGUUCCAAAUAUUACAUUUGAGAAGUCAUAUUACUUCGAAUGAUACAGGCAACUCCGACGAAGAUUUGAGCACGACGUGCGUGCACUCCACUGCGUCGAUCGCAACAUUAUAGGUAGAAAACGACCCAUAACCGGAAAACUGCAUGAUACGAGAAAGAGCCAUGCUAAAAAAGAAGCCUAUGCAAAGUGAAUCGAAACGCGAACACGACAACCAUGGACAGGGGCGAGACAAAACAUACAGUAUACAGCGAGAAAAGACAACGUGCAGGGAAACAUCAAAAAUUGCAAAAAUGAGUAAACCUGGUUGGGAAAGAGAACAAUUAUGCAUACACUGAAGAAUGGGACACCGGUGAUUUCGGGGAUGCUCUGGC